AUGGACAACAACAACAACAACAACACCAACAACGCCAGCCCUGCUGCUAUACCACCACUUCGCCCUGACCCUCCCGAUCCUCCCGGCCAAGCCCCCGCCACCACCACCAAAUCAUACUCCGCCGCGGUCGGCGCCCGCUCCGCUGCGAAGCACGGCAACGCCACCGCCAACACCUCGACUGCCGUCGCCGCCCAUCCCCUGAUGCACAACAUCGAAAACUGUGUCAUCAUCAACACCCCACCCUCAACCUCGGUCGAGCAAGUCCUCCUCGCGCUCGACAAACACUACCCUGCCCUUACCGGCGCAAUGCCAUGCGUCAUCAAGGGUCAGCGCGGCCUCCGCUUUCCCAAGGCCGCCGAUCUCGACACCCUGGUUGCCAACGGCCUUACUGUUGGCAAGACUCUGUGCAAAGUCGAGAAGCUGUACAGCUCUACUAAAGGAGGUGUUGUACAAUGCACCCUUACGGGCUUUUUCUCCGACCCCGAGGGCCUUCGCCUAUUCGAUGAGCAGAUCGCUGCCUAUGGCACGGUCCUCCGCCGUCGCAUCCAAUACAUUGGAAAGACGAAACACAUCUCUGGGGUGUACGACUUUAUCCUUGCCCUUAAGGAUGUAGAUGUGUUGCCCCCUGCCUCACUUUCUAUUGCUCGUGACGGUGUCACUGAGCGAAUCCCACUGGGAUCACCGGUGGCAUGCGCCACUGCGUCUUCUGCCGUUCCGCGGCUCACGUCCGUAAGGAUUGCCCCGUCGCCCCGCCCGGCGUGCAAGUCCUGCGCGAGCACCUCGCACGCCACCCAGCACUGCCCGGGCCGUCACGCGUCGAGCCCCCAGGGUCGCCCCACGUCACGUGCCCCGCAUGCCUCCACCGUUACCACCGCCGCCCCCGCCGGGUCCAAGUCGAUCCCCGCGGCCUCCGCCCCCGACCGCACGACCAAAAAACGUCGAGUGGAACAGGAUCUGGCUGCCCAGACUGAAUAUCUGUCCAACAGGGCUCAGCCCGAAUCUCUGUCGAAGACUGCCCGCCCCGAGUUCUCCUUCAAUUUCCCUUCCAAUACUGCCCCCCAGCCUGCCUCCAACCAGGGAACUGCCUCUUCCCUCGUUGAAAAAUCCUCCGAGUCCCCCAGCUCAGAGACCACCUCUCCAUCCCCAAGCCCUCCUCCGGCCACGCCAAAGUCGAUCAUAACUCGAUCCAAGUCGAUUGCCGCCCUCUCCACGCCAGCCACUCGUGAAGCCCCUCCCACUGCGCCUGCCCUCGAAGCCUCCGAGCCGACUCCCGAGCCCUCUUCGCCCACGCCGUUGCCCUCAGCCGCGCCCAAAGCCCGACCCGAUGACGCCGACGCCGACGACGAGGCCGACGAAGAAGCCAAAGACCAAGAAGCACCUCCCAAGGACGUGGAAUACGCUAUGGACCAAGAUGAUGAGCACAACUAAGAUCCCAAACGUGUGUUUUGUUGCUGCCAACGUGCAGUCAAUCAAUGAAGACCGUAAGCGUGCCUCUCUUUUCUCCAAUCUCCGCUCCCAUAACGCCGACGUCUUUCUCCUGAGCGAAACUGGCCGACCUUCCCCCGAAAGGGUGGCCCAGUGGACUCAGGAGUGCCAAGACUUAAAGCUCUCCGCUCUCUUCACUCCCUUCAACAACACUGCCAUACUCUGGAAGAGCGACUCCGUGGUCAUUACUAUUGAUCCCGAGUCGCCUCCCAACACUCUUCGUGCCUCUUUUUCUUUCCCGGACCGAGUCACCGACGCCACCUUUCGUGUGGGUGAUUCAAAGGUCCGGGUUGUAGUAGUAUACGCGCCUUCCUCCGACAAGCCAGACAAAAAGCGCUUCCUCUCACAUCUCAGCACCGCCCUCCGACAAGUCGUACGUGACAAACCCUCGCCGCCUGCGCUCCUAGUCGGGGGGGACUGGAAUUGUGUUGAGUCCCAACCCCUCGAUUCGGAGAACCAAAACGGAACGAAUUAUGGGGGUCAGGAGAUGCGCGAUCUUGCCACGGCCAACAAUCUUUUCGACGCCUAUCGGCUCCACCAUCCCAAAGGACGAGCCACGACGAAUCGCUCAGCGCCCGGCACGUGCCGUCGCCUCGACCGCAUCUAUGUCUCGCCUGAUUGGGUCGACCUCUUCCAUGAUCACAAAAUUUGGGCCCCUGUCCUCAAAUCGACGCACUCAAUGGUUGUGGCACGGUUCCAAGUGCCGGGCGCAAUCGACAUCGGUCCGGGCAAAUUCAAGCUGGGUUUGCACGUGAUCGAGGGCGACGCGACCUGCGAGUACCUCACUUCCAUUGUCCGCACCCUUUACAACGAAGCCCUCCUCCAGACGCCCAAUGAUCCACCAGCAGCUUGGACGUCCACCAAACACCGCCUGCUGCCCGAGCUGCAGGCUCUGGCCCGGACGUUCGCUCGGUUCCGACGUGGAGGGUCGGAGCAAGAGAGGGCGGACCACUCGCGCUACGGCGCGGCGCUGCGUUCCCGCCUCGACCCAUCUCUGGCGGGUCCCUCUUCCAUCUUCAUCCGCCUGCGCAAAGUGCGAGCAUCCGACCUGAUCCCUUCGCUCACGGUCAACGAUGUUGUUCAUUCCGACCCUCAUUCGAUGCUUGGAGCGGCCAGCGACUACUUCGAGCGGGUCUAUGAGGACCGCCCCAUCGAUGACGCGGCCCUGAAGGCGAUCAUCGACGGCCUCGCUUCAACUCGCCUCUCCCCCGCGGACUCACUCAAGCUCGAGGAAGCGUACCCGUUGGAGGAGAUGACAAAGGCUCAAGAGGCGUGUAAGUCGAACUCUUCGCCAGGGCCUGACGGCCUCCCGGUUGAGUUCUAUCGCGCUACGUGGCCUGCCACUGGCCCGAUUCUUCGAGACGUCAUCAACUCGAUCCCUACCGAGGCCCGUCAGCCUGGACCUCUUCCCCGCAACACCGCCCACAUCCAUCUCAUCCACAAACGCGGCGAGAGGGAUCAGCUCUCGAACAAACGCCCCAUAUCGCUCAUCAAUGCGGACGAGCGCAUCAUCUCCCAAGCCCACAACCAGCGCCUCGCUCCCUUGCUCGAGUCCCUGAUCGGCCCAACCCAACGUGGCUUUGUUCCGAACCGUUGGAUCGGCACGAACAUCGCUGAGGUCCAGUGUCUCAUGGACCCUGGACUUCCGGGCUCACCACCCGUGUCCGGCAUGCUAGCGGUGAUGGACUUUGAAAAGGCUUACGAUCGUCUCUCCCACACGUACCUUGAUGCAGUCCUCUGUGCCGUUGGCCUCGGCCCCAAAGCCCGCCAAUGGUACCGAGCGACCUACACCAACCAAUCCGCCUCGAUCUUCCUCAACGGUUGGCUCUCUGCCGCUUUCGACAUCCUGUCGGGCGUUCGGCAGGGUGAUCCCCUGGCUCCGUCUCUCUUCGUUUUGGCGAUCGAAGGGUUUGCCUGUCAGAUUCGACUGAGAGUCAAGGGCAUCGAGAUUGCGGGCCUCCAAAACAUUCGAGAACUCCUCUUUGCCGACGACGCUUGCUGCGCACUCCACAACCUCUCGGACCUCGACCACCUCAAUCGGGCGAUCGAGCUUUACGAACGGGCAAGUGCCAGCAAGCUCAGCAACGCCAAAUCUUUCCUCUACCCCCUUGGAGCUUUUCGGGAUCGGCCGAUCGCCCCAGAUCUCGGGACCUGGCGUCUCAGCGAUUCGCAGUUUCGCUACCUUGGUAUUCAGGUCGGGGUGGAGAUCGCCGAGGAUGCGGGCUGGGAAGAUGUCAAGGCCUCGACCAUCGCUCGGAUACGCUCAAUUCCGAUGUACGAUCUCCCAUAUGCAGCCAAGUGUUCGAUCAUCAACAUCUACUGCUACACAAAGAUCCUGUACUACAGCCGAUUCCUCCCCGCCCCCAAGAGCGUUGUCAAGGAGAUCGAGGAUGCGGCCAUGCUCGCCAUUCACGGUCGAGCUUCGGAUGGUACUCAGCGACGUCCGAAGGUCUCCCGGUCGCGCCUCUGCACCCCUCUCGAUCACGGCGGCUUUGGCUUGAUUGAUCUGCCUCGGCGUCUAGCGAUCGAUCACGCGAAGUGGGUCUUCCAGCUCCGGGCCCCGGACGGCUGCUUCACACGCCAUCUCUUCGACAUCCGCAUUCGCCUCCAGGCACCGAACGAACCAACCCCUUUCACCUUGUCCAGACCGGCCCCCAACCAGCAUCGUCGCCCUUGGAUCUGGAUCUGGUGGGCAUACUUUUGCCAUCCUCCCCCGAAGUGGGACCAUGCGGUGAGAAAGACGAGAAAACUUCUUCCUGCACGUUGGGUCCGAUACUUCGAAGCCUGGGCGUCGGUGACCACGCUCAAUCCCCCGGAACUCUCCAAGAGCCAGAACCUCGAGCAAUGGGCGACGCACGUACUCUACUUCCCAGCGGGCCACGGAAUACAACUCUCGGUAAACCCGACGCUUUUUCGAGGGCCCGAUGGCGAGGUGAUGACCCCGUCUUCGUUUGUGAACGCGUCCAAACGCCACCAAGUCUUCAUCUCCCCUCCUAUCUUCCCCAAGGGACACCAGAAGGUAUUCGAUCUGCCUGAGCAACGUUGGAACGCUUGGUGGAAGGCUUUGCGCAAGGUUCGCCGGGUUCACUCGGACGCCGAGGAUACCGGCCACCUUCUCUCCCUGGGGUCCCUCCAUCCGGGCAGCCAAGUCGCCUCCCCAACCAGCCCUCACCCCAACCAUCGAUCGGCCUCCUGUGUGAUAUGCCUCUCGGAAGCACCCGAGUGCCUGGCCCACCUCGCGGUCGGCUGCCCAUUUGCCCGGCGUCUCUGGUCUGCUCUGUCCCCGACCCCCCACCCAGUCUUUGUGGACUUUGUAUGUCCGGUCGUGUCUCGCUCGGAACGUCGCCUUGUCGAACUACGAAUCCUCUUCUUUCACUCGAUCUGGAAGCUCUGUCGCCGUCGCCGAUUCUCGUCGGAUCUUUUGGAACCGAUCACCGAAACGGACUUCGAGGGGCUUCGAGCCUCUAUUCAGGAGUCCAAGGGUUGCCUAGUGUCUCUGUAAGCCACCAAAGGGGGUUUUAGUGGGUAUGGUUGAUCCUGGUUCAGGGUCAAUGAGUCCUACACUACUGGCUUCUGCCAGUGUGCGUAACAGCAUUCCCUCCGACUUUUCCGAAGAUCCUUAAUCCUUAAAACUGUAUAAUAAAAAACGUCGUCGAGACAAAGAACGUCAAAGAACCGGAGACAAACCAAAAGACAAACCAUGUGGCGUGACGUCAUAACAGUUUCGCUACUGCAACAGCUCUCGCCAGCUAGCGCUGUUUCAGAAAGGGUCGGCCGGCCACAGGCCGUUUCGCCCACGUUCGCCGAGGUUCCAUUUUCAAUCAAAGCAGCCUGGCACAUGACCCUCUGCUUCCCGAUUCCGAAGCAGAUUCAGACGACCUGUUUUGCGUGACAUCGUAGCGUAGUUCCUUCAAUCAUCCAGCUCCUGCGACUGCCGACAUGUCAUCUGCAAAGCUUUACGUCCCCUCUCCUGUACGACAAUCUUCACGCCGCACGGAGAGCAGAGGGGCAGCAGAGACGUCGGCAACGUGAGCGAGCUGAGCCUCCUCCGUAACAACCCGACUCCUGCUCUAAUCGCACAGUCGCCACCGCCAAUCGAUCAACACAACGUCGCGCAAACUGGUUCUUCAAGUCAAUCUGCACCGGCAGCACGUCCGGUAAUGUCGACCAGUGCGUUAAUUCCGCCGUUAGGGGCCCCGCCAGCGUGUUAUGGCUUGCCGACACUGGGCUUCACUCCACGUCGUUCCGCGGCCUUCCGCGACAUUCUAUGAACCCGGUUUAAACUGAGGCGCAGGCUUCUCCAUCUUUCUCCCUCCUGCUCUUCGCACCUUACCCAUCGCACCUCAUCCCAUCGCCACUCAUCCCAUCGCCACCUCGAGCUCGCGACGUCCGAAGCGGUCGUCGUGGAAGCUCUGCAACGAAUACGGGAUCAAGAAAUGCCUGCUGCAUGCAACAUAGCUACGAAUUCGAGUAAGUAACUUCAUGAACUGUGCUCUUCGGUGUGGGAUUGUUCAGGAGCUAAUGGAGAACUACCAAGCAGCAAUUCUCUUCAACACGUCCUCUCUGAAUGUCAACCCUCGAGUUGUUUCUUCACCGUCAGCAGGUGAUACGGCAUGCGUUGAUACGAAGAACAGACAUUGCGUCAGUGACACAGCGGAAGGAUUGACUUCGUACGGUUGAGAAUCCGGGUCAUUGGGACACUAAAUGUGAGUCUUCACUGCCAUUGCUACAGAUGGACAACAGCAAUAAUGCUGAUAGUUGUAACGAAUCACGCCAGAAAACAGCCUCUGGUCGGGUGAAUUGCGGCUCACCAUCCCGUGGCAGAUCCUCAACGGCUCGGUUCGGUUCUUGGCAGGUGUGUGCCAAUCUUUCAAAAGCAAAACGCAGGGCAGCAUGACUAACUGACCGGUUGGACUGUAACAUCACAGGAAAUGCGAAGCAAUGCUUUCCCGUUAUUCCACGGCUCGGUUCGGUGGAGUGACCGUCGUGUUGGCAGGUGUGUGCCAAUCUUUCAAAAGCAAAGCGCAGGGCGGUGUGACUAACUGAUUGAUUGGACUGUAACAUCACAGGGGUUCCGAAGCGAUGCCUUCCCGUUAUUCCACGUCAUCGCCUGCACAAAUCGUCGACGCUUGCAUCAUGAAUGGCGACUUCUGGGGGGAUCUCUCUGUAAGUAGUAGUCCUUGCCUGACUUUUAGACCUAUACUAACAACAGCCCACGGUGCGAGCGCAGACAGACAUGCGUCUUCUGGCCGCUGCAGACCGCAUGACCGAAACGGAACGGGCAAAGGCAAUACGUCGAUAG